CUUCACUCUCUCACAUAACCACACAACAAAAACACAAAUGGCUCUCACCGUGAGCACCGGUGGCGGAGGAGCUAGCCUCCGCUCCAUAGACCUCACCGACUCUUCUCGUAACCUUUUCUCCACCUCCAGACUCCAUUACCCAUCGAAAACCCGUCUUCACAUAGUCUCUGCCUCAAAAAAAACAUCCUCCCAAACCGGUCGGUUCGACAGCAAGAAACGUCGUACACUCGUCCCGACAACAACUAAAGAACAGCAAGAAGAGAGCAACGGUCUUUACGACGAGAACCCACCUUAUCAGAUAGAAACCGCCUACGACGAUGGCGAAGAUAGGUUUGCGGUUAACACACGCUUCAGAGGUGAUCCAAAAGACGCGCCAAAGAUUUCGGUUAAGGAUCUUCCUGGACUUGAACCGGAUCCAUUCGAAGGUCCUCAGUGGGAUGGUUUAGGCUUCUUCGUUCAAUACUUGUGGGCUUUCGGAAUCCUCUUCGCGUUAGUAUCCGGUGGUAUUGCGGCGGGGACGUACAAUGAAGGUGCGACGGACUUCAAGGAGACGCCAGUGUAUAAGGAGGCGAUGGAGUCUCGUGACCUUCUUGAUGAAGCAGAGGGCUCGAACUCUGAAGAUGUGUUUGAGUCUAAUCCGACAGAAGUGGCGCCUAGUUUGGAAUAG